UACAGUGAGGUUUUUGCUGUGAAUUUAGUGUUGUGAAGUUGCAAUGCAAUUACAGAAAAAAGAGCACUAAGAGCAGAGUAUUUUUAUUGGUUUUAUUACCUAUUGGUAUUGCAGCAGUAAAGAAAAUAGUACGGAAAACAAGAACCAGCUGAGGAAAAAAUAGCUUGUGCAAAGUGUGGAAAAUUUUGCGUCUUCCCUUUUUUCGCUGAAUCCAGUCGUGCUAAAACAGAUUUCGGUCAUUGGCAUCAAAAAGUUGUGCGAGUGUAAAUCUGAAAAUUGCUUCACUGGUGCUACCAAAAGCAUAGACACCACUUCUUCGACAUAACCAACCAGUGGUAUUGAAUAGUGUAUCAUAGGCACCGCGUAAAAUUUCCCAAUCAUAGCUUUCUUAAGAAAUCAAACGAAUUGAAGAGAGAAAAUCCCAACACCACCGGUCGGUGCAAAAAUCAAUCAGGAAGCAAUCAUAGUGUGAAAAACGAAAAUAAAAUACAUCGUCCUCGAGUGAAAGAGUUUUUCUCUAAUCUCAAACCACACGUGUAAGAUAGUAGGUGAAGUGAAGAUAAAGGCGAAGAAAACAUACGGCUCAAGUGAGUUUGCUAUUUUGGCGGAGCGCGUGAUCUGUGCCCUUUCAGACAGCGUGCAUUAAUCAUCUCGCCUGCAAAAGUUUACCGUCCAUCGUGAAAAGUGUAAACGGUACACGGUACUUGCGCGAAUCCAGAAAGCAAUAAUAUGCCAUUCAUCUCCAAAGAUUGGCGCUCGCCCGGUGAAGCCUGGGUGAAAACCGAAGAAGGUUGGGAAAAGCUGAAAGUUCUGGAAUGUGUCAAACGGAAAAGAUGUAUAUCUGAAUGCAGCAGCUCUAGUGAUAUCGAGAACGAUAUUGAAAAUAGCGACGUAGAAAUACCACCACACUGUCAUAUCACGCUAAAGUGCACCCGAGAAAUUGCCGGUUUCAACGGUUUGGGCGAAGCCGUUCGACGGUUAGACUUCCGCAGCUCCGUUCGAGAUGGACGUCGUUUCAACUAUGUAUGUGCCCUAUUGCGGCAUCUAGUUUCCGGCAAAGGAAUCACUAGUCUUCCCGGUGGGGCUCAACGACUGCUGUUGCAAAUGUUGGAAGAAGUAGCAACAUACGUUAGUGAAUCCCAGCAGAACAUUAACGUGUUGCGUGGCCUUGUGCAGCAAUUGCGUUCACUUGUGAAUCAAGAGAAUCAGAAAUGUUGGGGCAAACCACUGGGGAGCCAGAGUCUUUGGGAAGGGCAUGUGCAAACAAUUCAAAGGAUUCAGAAUAUUGCUAGUCAAAUACAAAUUAAAGAGCCUGGUCCAAAUAUUCGCCCAAAGCUACAUGAUCUGCCAGAAGAAUGUGUUCGGGAAAUUAUUCUUAGGUUAACCGAUUAUAAGGACCUUGAUGCUUCUGCAUCGGCCUGGUCGCUGAUGGCAGCACUGAUCUCCGAACAGCGAGUGUGGAGGGAACUUUCCCAUUAUCACUUUACGAAACAACAAAUACAUGUUAUUUUAGAUAAAAUGUGUCUCCAGGAUACAAAGGAACGCCAUCGAAAUUGGCAAGCCAUUUACCACGCUCUAAGAAAAACAUACGGUGUUCCCGAAGAACUGCAAUAUGCUGAAAUUUUAGCCUUCUGUCGUCUAUGUCGAUGCCUUUUUUGGCCAUCGGCCGGUCAUCCUUGUAUUGUUGAUCAAUAUCCGGAUAUCCGACAGCGUAUCCGGGAAGCUGGCAACGAUGAUAACACUGAGACACAACCUGUGCCACCGGCUCAAUUCCUUAAAUAUUUCUCCUUGUAACUUUCAAAUUUCGAAACACUGUUGCGUAAUUUAUUAAUUGUGGCAAAUUGAGCAAACAUCUAUCUGACGGAGAUAUAAUCGAAACUAAAAAAAAACAUGGAAUUGAAGUUUAUAGGAGAUAUAUUCAGCUUGCCAAUUAUCAGCAGCGUGAGAUAAGCGUUCGAGUUCAAGGUUUUAUAGUUGACCGAGCCGAAACAUCACAAAACAUACAAUAACCAUUACAUACUACACGAUUUUAUGGGCAAAAGAAAAGUAUAUUUUCAAUAUAUGGUUUUAUGGAUGGUGCUCAAACGAUGCUGGUCUCAAAGAAAAUUUACUGUCAAUGACAUUUAUCGAUUAUGGAUAUCCAAUUUGAACGCCACAACGAAUUUGUUAUUUACAGAAUCUAUUGUCUGAGAGAUAUGCUACUAAUCAGAUCAGUAAUGCUACUAAUGUAUUUACACUAUUUAAAUGCAUACCAAUAUGCAAUACAUAUGAUAAUUACUCAUUAGAAUUUACCUUUUUAUCGAUUUGAUUUUAAGAGUUGUUCCUAACACGUCUCGGAAACCGCAAUAAACAUCGAACGGUUCGAUGGUAGUUGUUUUAGUUGUAGCAACCCGAAUGAUCACUGUGUUUUUUUACUUUUAAAAUUAAAUAUUAGAAAGUAAAAUGUCAGCUUAAAAAUAAAAAAUACUUUUUAUGUGUUUUAAAUUUACUGUAUGGAUGAAACAGGGUAACAUUUUUUAAUGCAAACAUAUUUCUCAUUUUGAUCGUGAGAUUGUUAAAAACGGAUAGAAUUUAGUAUACAUAAUACGGCUCUUAGACGAUUUCAUCACGCCUGAAAAUAUUUUAGCUGCAUUUUUAUAUCACGAUCAUUUCUUGUGCAUUUUACAUUUCCCCAAAAAUAAAGUAUUUCUGUAGAAACUAAAACAACGCAACCAACAUUAACCGUUCGAAAGUUUGUGAUAUACAAUACUGUCAACACCAUGCAACCUUUCAAGCGACAAAGGACAUGGUUUAACCGUAAAGUUUAACAAAAUUUUCUAUCAAUUUCAGUUCUGUAGUGAGAAAUCGAACUGGUGAAAUGUUUCAAUUUAUAAGUACAUCUUAAUAAGCAAAAUAUGUGAUAAAUAUAACAUGGAAAAUCUCUCCAAAUCAAACACGUACUAAAGUCAAUAUCGGCAGCACAACAAAGUUAUAACCACUAAUUUGUGCUUCCGAUAUAUAAUUUUUCUAAUCAUAACUAUUAGAACAAAUAUUGCUGCUCUCCUUUUUUGGAUGUUAUUUUACUACUCUACUUUAUAUCUCUAUUCAAGACUUCAAAUAAAAACUGUGUAUUUAUAAUCGUUACGACGAAAGAUCGUCAAGCUUGGUCACAACUGAAGCUUUUCGGAUAGUAAUGAAACAGUGAGGGCUAAAGCCAGGUAAACCACGAUAAAUUCUUUUGUGCUAGUUAGUUUACACAUAAAAAAAAACAAUUAUGUAAAAAAGUUCCUUUAUGUAACACCGAGAAAACUGUGUCGAGAAUCCAGUAGUCGCACAGCGAGUUCAAUGUUGUACUAUCUCUGUGCUUUUAUAGUUAUGAGUCAAGCAAGAUAUAUGCAUUAUUUCUUUGAUUUCAGUUCACAAUUUAAUUCCUACGCGUGAACAACUUUGCACUAAUUAACUAAGUGUCCAGCACACACAUAACCACCAAAACAUGUUUUGUGUAUUAUAGAACUAGUAGAACAAAAAAAAACAAAAAUUCAUAUACCAAUACAAAAUCGGUUGCGCAAUCAACAGGCCCCAAUCGUAGAAUUCCUAACCGUUUGCAAUGAUUACCAAUUUAGGAAUGAGGACAGCUAAAACAUGGCAGGCUAAAAAUUGCUAUAACUAAUCGAAGCACAGAACACUAUGUUGAAGCAGCAAAAAUUAAAAAAAAACGAAAAAGAGAUUAAUAUUAAUAAUAUACAUACUAUGUAUUUCAUAUACGAAAAAACAUCA